AUGUUGCUCCGAGCGUGUCCACUACUUGCAGCUUUUUCCCUCGCAGCUGCAGGCUCGCCGCUUUGCCUGGCCGAUGGCAUCCCUGAAGAGGAACGUGCCUUUCUGAAGGAUGGUCAAGGCAAUGACAUGCCCGUGGGCAUUUUGGAGCUCAACUGGCCCUCUGCAGGACUCCUGGCUGAGUUGGCCAAGCUAUUGAUCAAGGAGGUGCUGGGUUUCCACGCGGAGAUCGGCGAACCCUUGGGAGGCUCAGGGGCGGCACCCAUCUAUGCUCUCGCGGGGUGUCGCAAUUUCAACUCUGCAAACGACAAGCAAUGCGGAGAGAUGGAGCCUGUGAUGCACGUGAGCUUGGAUUCUUGGAUUGGAAGCUACAGCAGUGCGUAUGAGCAAAUGAAAACGCAUUAUCCGAACAUUGCCCCUCUGGACUUGGGAUCCAUGGGUUACAGCGGGGAGGAGUCUGUGUACGUGCACACCAACCUCUUGCAGGAAGGGUACGAGAAUGAAGGCUUGGCUCUUGAAUUCUACAAAAGUUACAACGUCUCGCAUCACAACGCCAAGCAGUACUUCUCAUCGAUCUCGGACAUUCCUUUUGAAGCCAUCUCUCGGUGCAAUGAGACCGAUUUCUCCAACGCCCAAAGGAUGUCGGACUUCGUGAAGUAUUCCUUGGACUAUGAUGGAGUUGAACAGCAAGGCGGAGACUAUGUGGCCAAGUGUCCAGAUGGCCGUUGGUGGCCUGCGCCGGCGUGUCGCCCCACUCCGCACAACUGCAUUCCGAUCCUCACGGCAGGAACUGGCUGGAAAUUGCAGGCGAUCAUGCAGUGGGCGGUAGCAUAUGGUUUGCCAGCUGCUGUGGGCAUCACGGCCAGUUGGGGCGAUUAUGUGGCCCUACCGCGGGCGCAUCGAGUUCUGCACUAUUGGUGGGUGCCCGAUUCGACCUUUAUCGACUUGGGACCUCAGCCAAUUGGAAUGCCGAGGCAUUCAGCUUUGGAGUGGAGCAUGGGAGACAAGAAGACCAGCGCAGUCGGAAGCUAUGUGGCCAAAAUGGUGAGCCAAGACCUGUCCUCCAAGGCGCGGCCGAUCCAGGAGUUUGUCUCGCAGAUCACCUUUGAACUGAAAGAGAUCAUGGAUCUCCUUUUGCAGGUUCAGAACGAGGGCAGCCGCUACAACGUCUCCUGCGCUUGGGCGCGUCAGAACGUGGCUCGCUGGACCACUUGGGUGCCGGUGAGCACGAACUGCUACGAGGGCUUCGGACUGGCCGACGACCAGGGAGUCCACGUGCAAACUCGAGCCUGGGAUGAGAUGAACGGGGUGAUAUGGGAUGCGGGUCAUGAUCCCGAAAGACUGUGCAAAGCCAAGCUCAUCGAGCGCGAAGGGCAGUGCGUCCCAUGUGAUGAGGAAACGUUGUGGUGCCCUGUGGGCAGCACCAUCCAGAAGCUGCAAGGUGCCAAUGGAACAGAUGAUGCGGCCAAUCCUCACAUCCUAGAGGGCUACUUCAGCUAUCCCGAAGAGCCCCUUGAGACCUACAAAUGUCGCGACGCCAUGUGCCCUGGUGGAGCUCCUGGCAGCUGCCUGGGUGGCAAGGAGGGCCUCGCGUGUCGACGCUGUCCUGUGGGUCAGUUCGCCUCCUCGGGGUCCUGCCAGACCUGCAGCGACUACGUGGCAGUCCUUUGGCUCCUGGGGCUCAUCGCCUUGAUCGCUGGGGUCACCGGCUCUUACUACGUCUUCUCCGCGCGCUAUGUGCCGAAGGCCAGCCCAAUGUUCCGCGCACAGGUCAGUGGUGAUAUUGCAGUGAUGGUGCUGCAAAACCUGGCCGUCUUGCAGGUGGUUUGGGGCUCUGGCAGUGAAUUGGAAUUCUUCGCCUUCACCUCGUUCUUGGUCUUGGACCUGGAUGGUGCAGGCAUUGCCUGCGUUUGGCCCAAUGCCGCAGGACAAUUUGCAGGUGUGGUGUCUCUGUGGCCCAUCAUCCUGUUCUUGAUUCUGAGCAUCUAUCUUUGCAGCAGACUUCCUGUCUGCCGGCGCCGGAACGGCACGUGGACGAAUACGCGCACCAUUGGAUUGGCUGGGAAAUUCAUGCAGGUGGGCUUCACGUCAAUGACCAACCUGGGUCUCAUGCCUUUCGUGUGCUUCCGGCAUCCCAAUGGAGCCUACAGCAUGCUGAAGUACUCCAACAUCCUUUGUGGCUCAGGAGAGCAUGUCGUCAUGCAAGUUUUUGGGGGUUGUUUGCUUGCAUUGGGGCUGAUCUUCUUGUCGAUUUGCACCGUUUGGACCAUCAUGGCGCCCCAAUGGUCUUCGACGUCUUCAGGAGGGAAGCUGGGACAGGUGAACUUUUUGAUCCGGCGCUUCCAACCCAGCACCUGGUGGUUUGGCUUGUUCCUUUUGGCCAGAGGACCUUUGCUGUCAAUGCCCACGAUCAUUGCACCGGAUUCGUCCAGUUUGCAGCUCUCUAUGAUGCUGAUGGUGCUCGUGGUCUCCCUUUGUGUGCAGGCGACGGUGCAGCCUUGGCAGACGCCAUGGUUGAAUUUGGCAGAUACGACGGCGGUUGCGGCCCUAGUGUGUGUUCUGGCAGUUUCCUUGAGCUGUGCAGAGGGCGAAUGUGCACCAGCGGUUCAAACUUUGUGGGUGGUUCUGGCCGUUUCCUUGCUGCUGAUCCUGGCUUUCUUUUUGCUCACUGCAUGGAUUGGAGCUUUCUACAGCAAGGUCACGGGAAAGGAUCUGCCAUUGUUGAACCUCUACAAGACGGUGCAACCUGAGACGAUUGUGCAAGGUCUUGGAAAUCUCGCCGCCAAGCUGAGCAGCCAGGACCAUGAGCGGCUGCAGAAGGCCGUGGAGUCGCUGUGCUUCUACGACCUCCAAUGUGCCCAACUGUCCAUCCAAGCGCUCCAAGAGUGCUGGGGCAUCGCAACGAGCUCCCAUCUCUCGCCCCGCAUCUCUGCUCCCAUGUUUGAUGAAGGCGAGAUCACGCUGGGCCAAGCUGCGGAGUUCGAUGCGAAUGACACGAAGGUGCCAGAGCAAGGCGAGAUCACACUGGGCCAAGCUGCGGAGUUCGAUGCGAAUGACACGAAGGCGCCAGAGCAAGGCGUUGGCGAGGGCAACAUCGAGACAGUGCUCGAGAGCACCGUAUCACAGGAGAUGCCGACCUUAAGCGAGCAACAACCAAAUGAAGCUGGCAUCGUGCAGUGCGAGCUCUAG